CCCCUUUUUGCUCCGUCAGUGAGUGUGCGGUGGGCCCCGCUUCUUUGUGUGUGUGUGGCCUGGCAGGCAGGCAGGCGGCCAUGCCUACACGCCUGCCUGCCUGCCGAUCCACUCACUCACUCACUCACAUGACUAUCUAUUUGUGUGACCGACUGACAUUCAUCUCAUCCAUCCUCUGUGUCUCUCUCUGUCCUUCGUCUCUGUCUGUAUCACUCACUCGUGUGUGCACGUCUGUCUGUGUGUAUUGUAAUGACACUCGCCUCACCCACUAUCUAACUUGUGCACACAAACACACGGCAGCAAUGAACACACGGACACACAUGUCUACACCACAUUGCUCAAUGUCUCAUUGUCUAGAAAAGGCCCAUCCCUCCCUCCCUCCCUCCCUGUCUUGGCCUCUCUCACAAUGAGAACCCCUGUGGCGGGAUGGAUGUGUCCAGGAAGCAGAUCAUCUCCGCCAACACGCUCUUGGGCACCAGCACCCUCAACCUCUUCCACACAGAAUCAUUAAACAGCUCAAACGACCUCUGCACCAGCUUCUCCAGCCCCUGCUGCAUCCGAACCUGACACAAACCAGCAGAGAGAGACGUGACGUGCCAUUCUCGAUGCCCGCCCCGCACGAUGGAUGCGAUCGAUGCGACAGAUAGCCUGUUAGUUAGCUACCUGCAGCUGUGUUCUCAGUGUCUCCUUGAAGAUGGUCACGAGCAGCUGGAGCAGCAGCUGUGAGAGGGCGGAGGUGCACGUGAGCUGCACCUCCACACUGGGGCGGUCGAUCGUCAGUGACCGCAGACGGAGACCCUGUUCAACAGAGAACGACACGAACGCUGUGGCGGACACGUCGCUCACCUACAUCACAUCCAGCCAGCCAAUGGCACCACACCACACCACACCCUGUCUGUCUGUCUGUCUGUCUGUCGGCACACGUGCGGUGCGAGUGAGCUCCGUGCACACAACACACAUACCUGCACGACUGACGCCCCCUGCUCCUGCAGCGGCAACUUGACGAAGGAGGCCACCCAGUUGUGCCGCAGACUGCCACCCACCUUCACGCAGCUCACGCGGCAGUAACAGCUGCGGCUGCUGCUGGCCUUGUUCUCAUCAGCCGGUGCUGCUGGUGGACCGUCCGAUGCAGUCUGCCCCUCUCGACUCGCUGGCCCAUCGCGGGGCCCACUUGAAGGUAGGGAAGGCUCCUCGCUGGGCUGGGUGCGUGUUUCCGGUCUGUUUGGCUGCGGCUGACGUGCGGCGAGCGCUGAUGCAGCUGCUGGUGGGUGCUCGUACCACGCCUUUCCCACCGACUGCACACGCACCUGGCAGUCUUUGGUGGUGAAACUCGUCACACGCAGGUCACUCAGACGAUACCUGACAGAUGAAUGAAUGACGCAACGCAACACGGAGAACCAAUCAUGCAUGCCAUGGACAAACAAGUAUAUAUGAGCCCUUGAGUUUGCUGACUCAGGUACCUGAGCUGGUCGGUCUCGCCGUCUAUGGGCGGCAUCCGCAUUUCCUCGAGCUUCCUUCGAGCGAUCCGCAGGAGCGUCGACUCAUCCCCCUCACCAUCUGCUGCAUCCCCUUCGCCGACCGGCGCGCUGAGAGUGCGGCUGAUGGCGCCACUCUCCUGCCGCCUCACGAUCGGGCUGGCGAUGUAGCCGUUCAUCCCCGGGCUCGCUGUGUCUGUGUGUGUGUGGCUGUCGCUCUCUGAUUGAGGCGGCUUGGAUGAGAUCGACAGCGUGAGGGCCUCCAGGAUCCUCCGGAGGCAGACGACGGCCAGCUGCGCCACAUCACGCUUGGCCGCCACAUCGUCCUUGACUGGCGACGACACCUGUCCGUCCGAGUCUGAAGAGACGGACAGAGGCAAAGACGUCCAUGUCGAUGGAUGGAUGGAUGGACCUAAGCGUUGCUUGAGCUGACUGACCCGACCCACCUGGCGCAAAGGGGUCGGGCGGCAGGGGGUGGAAUGGUGGUCCAUGGCUGCUCCACGCGUCCCUCACGUAGCACCGCAGCACGUCCCGCACACAGCGCAGGAAGCAUAUUGCCAGCGACGGACUCUCACACACGUAAGAGUGGGGGCCGUCGGUCUCGAACGCGAAGUCGACAGGGCCAUUGGACGGGGAGGGUGUGUGCUGCAGCACCGGGGGGUGGCCGGCGAAGGCGAGAGUGGAGAAUAGACGGAGAUAGUCCGAUAAGGAAAUGAAGACAGGUCCGGCGGGGGGCGAAGCGCAUGACGUCGGGGCGGACAUGCUCGAGGUGAAAGCCGGCCCACGCAGUGAAUGGUAUAUCUGAGGGAAGAAGACAGCACACACAAAUGAGUCGAGUCAGUCUCUUGUGCCACUGACUAUCCCGAGCCCGCCAGGCCAGGGUACUGUACCUGGAAGUGGGCGUAGCAGUGGCACAUUGAAGCAAACGCAAUUUGGAAGAACGGCGGCGCACUCCCACUCGACAGUAGCAGAUGACUCCCGGGCGGCGGAGGGCCGCUCAUCCCACGAUCACUCGCACAGUCAUCUUCGCGGAAUAUCGACGACACGAGAUGGGCCAGCAGCCAACACACGUCAUACCCGCACUCGCCCCACGCCUCCGCGAGCGCAUGAGUGACCAGCACCUCAGUGGACGCGCUGCAAUCCGCAUCCUGCUGCCGAAGGUUGAGCAGUGCAAUGAAGCGGCACGCAAAGGCCAUGAAUGCGUUGCUGAAGACGAAGGCCAGGCCGAGCUGAACGACGGGUGAGGGGUCAUUGCUCAUGGCCAUUCCCUCCUCCCGCGGCACCACGGUAUCCCGAUCUCGAUCAGCGUCACGCGCCAACUCGGCAAAGAACGACUGAAACAGCACUCGAGCCUGGAGCAACACACCACAAGAUAUAUGCACAAAGCGGCCGUCCGUAAGGCACACGCAGGCAGUGUGCUGGUUGGGCUGGUCGACCAGGUAGAGAGCUUCCGCAGCCAUGACGACCGAGACUUCUGGCGGGUCGGGAAGCGAGGGGCAGGGCGAAGUCGCAUCCACAGGUGUCCACAGAGUUUGGACGAGCAGCCGCUGCAGCAGGGGCAGGGGGGCUGGGGGAUUGACCAGCGCCACACCGAGAGGCGUCCGGAUGUAGUCAACCGCCGAACGGAAGAAUGACAACAGCAGCUGACAAGAGGACAGCCAGACGACAGAGAAGUGUCGACCACCAAAAUCUAUCCUUCAUGCCGACCUUUCUGUCACCGUCUUGUUGCCUGCCUACCUUCCAUUCGGCGUGCGAGAGGGCUGCGAGCGGUGGGAGGGCUCGCCUACCGACUGGCCAUGCCAGUGCACCAUACACAUGGCCAGUCAGCCACUUCCAGAACCUGCCCCGCUCAGGCUCCCUGCCCGCUGCAACAGGACUCUCAGCCGACGCCCACAGGCCACUCGAUGACCUGAGCGGAGCAUCAUCCGGCGGCGGCCGAGUCAAAGAUUGGGGCGGAGGGGCAUCCGAGUGCCGACUCAUCGGCAGCCGCCGGCGCCGCCUUCCAGCAGAUGAGCCGUUUGUCGUUUGUCUGUGUGUGUGUCUGUUUCGUUUCCGUCGCUGGGCCGAUGACGGGAGAAUGGGCGUGAGGCUGUCCCAUAGCUUGUCGAUCGACACAUCGGGCUGCACCAAAGGCGGACGAGAGGGAUGCCUGAAAAAAGGCCCACAACACAACACACGGUUCACUCACGUCUGUCCUGUCUGCCUCAUUGCCUGUGCUCAUUCAGCUCACCGGGUGGUGAUAUUUCCGUCACACAGCGGCCCAUAUAUAUUCAGCGUGGGCAGCUGCUGCUCCAUGCUGACAUCCAAUCGCACCACACACGGCCCUCCAUCCUUGGCGCUGUUCUGCACUGCAGUUGGCAGCCAGGCCGGCCCAUCGAUGGCCUCCUGGGGCGACGAGAUCUGUAUCUGCGUCAGCAGAUGCGGCAGACGUCGGACGGCGCUCUUGGGUGGGGAAGAGGUGGAGCUCGUCGACGGAGAUAAAAUCUGCUCCGUCAUGAC